UUAAAAAAUUAAAAAAAAAGACGAGAAGGGGAGGGAUGAAGCCUGAAAAAGCCACACGCACUCUCCUUUUCAUUAAUUUUUCUUUUUUCUUCUUCCUUUUUUCACUGCCUCUUUUAUUUUCUAUACCUUAAUUCAAAGUCAAAUAUAAAUUCCAUUUCAAUCUAUUUUACACUAUUUAAUUAAAUAAUAAUGCCUAUAUUCUCGUUCAUCAAAAACCUCGUUGGCGGACAACAACAACCAUCCACUACUGAGCAUCCAGCAGCAGCAGCAGCAACCACCGCCACGAGCAUCGACACACCCAAUACACCACCAGUAUGCGAACAAAGCAACCACACCGACAACAGCGGUAAAAGCAAUGCAUUAACUACAGCAAAACCACCACUGCGGCCGCCACCACCCAUGAGCACAACGCCGAAGAACCCAAGCAGCAGAAGCAAGCCUCCAUCGAGCAUAAGUGAUCCGAACAGUUCGCCCAAAACCAGACCACCAUUGACACCCGUUUCUGGUGAAAGCCUGUUGCGCACCGAGUCUUCGUCAUCGGUGUAUAGGGAUUUUACGGGGCAGGGGCAUGCGGACCGCGGGCAUUGGAAUGACCCACCGACUACGGUCUUUAAACCUACAAAUAGCACGGCCAAUGGCACAGCUAAUGCCACAGCCAAUGCUGCCGGCGGCGGUGCGCAGGACGCAGAGGCGGAUGCAGAUGCUUCUUUGACGGAGGCCGGUGCUUUGGAGAGUCGCGUGGAGAUGGAGCUGAGUAUCAGACGGAUUCUUAGUGAGAGAUUGCAGAUGGUAGAUACGGCGGAGGCGAUGAACCGCCGGGUGGUGGAGGACACGGAGAAGCGACUGGGCGUUCUGUGGGAGCGGAUGCAGCUUUUGGACGAGCGGCUGAUCGCGGAGCUCAAUAGGCUGUGUGCGCUGCUGGAUACUGAUAUGCACGCUGAAGCUUUGGGCGUUUACAGGGAGGUGGUGAAGGCGUAUGAGUCGGAGCUCAAGUGGCUGGUUGGGAUCAAGCGUGUUAUUGAAUUGAGCAAAUGAAAAAUAAACUAGUUUCUUGAAGAAGGCUCUGAUGGUGGUUGUUGGGAUUUUCCUUGGCUUUUGAAGGCGUCGAUUUCUUGCAGCCGGUCUUGGUGCGAUUGCUGCUGGGCGCGGAGGAGCGGCUUGAGCGUGUAUGUGGCGACGGCAACGCCCACUGCGCUGGCGACGAGCGGAGGCCCGAAUCUCUGGAAGAAAGACAUUAUGUGUACAGAGCGCGAAAAAAAAUAGACAAGUUGAAGGGGAAUUUCGAAUUUUGAAUUUUGAAUUUAGAGUUUAGAAUUAAAGAAUGGAAGCUGAAUUGAAGAA